GGCUGCUCGGCAGGAACCGCUAAACCAGCUGCUUUGUAAUCCAAAGCCAUGAACACUGGUGUGUGCCUGUGCGUGCUGAUGGCGUUCCUGGCGGUGCGCGCCCUGGCGCAGCCGGGGUCCCCCGCAGAUCCCGCGAUCUCCGAGAUGCAGCGAGCAGAGGAGGUGCCCCGAAGACAGCUGAGAGCUGUACCCAGGACGGAGGGCGAGUCCCGGGCGCGCCUGGGCGCUCUGCUGGCCCGAUACAUCCAGCAGGCCCGGAAAGCUCCUUCUGGCCGCACUUCCCUCAUGAAGAACCUGCAGAGUCUGGGCCCCAGCCACAGGAUAAGUGACCGGGACUACAUGGGCUGGAUGGAUUUUGGGAGGCGCAGUGCGGAGGAAUACGAGUACCCCUCUUAG